UCGCGACACAGUUCCAACAUCAACAUGGGAAAAACAAAAUCGGGCAAUUCAGCGCCAGUCGGCCGACUCGGAAGAACGACGCUCGUUUUCGACCAUGGGGCACAUUCUAUCAAAGCCGGCUUCAGCACACCUGGAUCGGAGCCGAAAUUGGAAGACUGCCAUCCAGUGGCCAACUGUGUAGCAAGAUCGCAAAGAGACAAAAUCACUUACGUUGGCGCCGAACUCGACGACUGUGGCGACUUUGGAGAACUGCAGAUCCGAAGACCAGUCGAAAAGGGCUAUGUAGUCAGCUGGGAGGCCGAGAAAGCAGUCUGGGAACGAACGAUUCAUGACAGCAGAUCACAGUUCAAAUGUGACCCGCACGAAACGAAUCUGAUAUUUACGGAAUCGCCGAAUGCGCCUGGAGUCUUGCAGAGAAAUGCCGAUGAGAUGGUCUUUGAGGAAUUCGAGUUUCAUUCGCUUUACAGGACGAUUUCACCCGCACUCAACGCCUAUGCUCCGUCGCCGUUUCCGGAUACAGCAACAUCAGCUCACGGCGUGCCGCUGGAGUGCCUCCUCGUCGUGGACUCCGGCCACUCGCACACGACUGUCACACCGCUAUACUAUGGAAGACCUCUCCAGCAAGCAAUCCGACGCCUCGAUAUCGGCGGCAAGACCUUGACAGCACAUCUGCGAUCUCUGUUAUCGCGCACUAUGGACAUGCAUCGCGAAGAAUGGAUCUCGCAAGAAAUCAAAGAAGACACGUGCUACGUUUGUCCAACCUCACAAGAGUUCUCGUCACGACUGGAACGGGUCUGGAAAGGCGGACAGAAAGACCCACGAGAUGUCGAUGCAAGCAUCGUUGUUGAUUAUGUCCUGCCCGAUUACGAGAAACUCAAACGCGGGUUCCCGCGCGCACAUGACCCGAGCAAAGGCGCGAAGAUGAGACGACUGGGUAUCGGAGGACAGAGUGAGAUGGUGUUGCCUGUAGGGAAUGAAAGGUUCACGGUGCCGGAGAUUCUUUUUACGCCUUCUGAUAUUGGAAUGCCUCAAGAAGGUAUUGCGGGGACUAUCAUGCAGAGCCUUGAGAGUCUGCCUAAGGGACUAUGGCAGGCGUUCUUGGCGAAUGUAGUGGCAGUCGGAGGCACGAGUCUUCUGCCGGGCUUUGCCGAAAGGCUGGAGAAUGAAUUGAGGAUGAAGCUGGAUGAUGGGUACGAAUUGAGAGUCGCGAAGGCUGAGGAUCCCCUGAAAAACGCGUGGCUAGGUGGUGCGAGAAUGGCGCAGAACGAAGACCUGAUGAAGAAUCUGAUUGUCACGCGAGCAGAGUAUCUGGAAAACGGCGAUGUUUGGACAAGAAGAAAGUUCGCUGGAAAAGUUGGGUGAUGAAGAUUCUGCCAUCGACGAAGACUAUCCAUUCAGCUCAACUCGGCCCAUCAGUUGCCAUAACGGAAUCUGUGUCUCCGCUGUGGUCUCCGGACGAAGGUUGCAACCCAGCCAUUGCUACUCCUGCAAGAUCUGCGAAGCGCCGCUGGUUGGCAUGACAGUCUCUUCCGAGGGCUUUCACCAGCUUGAUGCCACCUUGCUUUAUCUCAGGUCUCUCAUGCCGACACAGCCUCUCUAUCGCAUCUGACGCCGGUCCAUAGCUCCCAAUUGCCUCCCUUGCAUC